AUUGGCUCAUGAUAGCUUUGGCUACGAGCUGGAUCGGUGCUAAAGUGUCGGAAGCAGGAUGAAGGCGAUGGUUCAGGUUAUGUCCAUGACUCCUGUGGUUCAGUCGCCACACAGCCCAGCACAGCCAUCUACAAUAUUCAGUUCUUGAUUGCAGUACAUGUAGGCGAGUUAUCAGAAGUUUGCGCAGCUGCCUCAGCAACUACGGCGCUACGACUGUAGUGGUCAGAGCUUCUCCUUGAAUAUUAGAAAUUAAUAUCAGUUUUGCUUGCCGCGAAGCACGCGCAAUUGUCCGGUUUGCUGCACGUCAAUUUCAUCUGGCGCCGGAGAUCCAGGAGUGGAAACCGAUGGUACCCAAUGAAGUGCUGAUUGCGAUUCCGGCUUGCCUUGCUUAUGCGCGGAUUGUUGAAGCUUGCCUUGUCAGUUCUCCGCAACUGCGAUGUGGUAUGUUUUGCUCGGCGCAAUUCAUACCGCACCCGCAGGCACUGGAAGCAAGUUGCGGACACGGGUACAUCGACGGCACAUCAACUCGCCUCAUCAUUGAGGACGGAAUAAAGUCCUGUGCACAUAUCUCAGACUGAAUCCCGAAGGAUAUUCCCUUUCAAGCUACAUGUCCGCACGUUGUCAGGAAGCAGACUUCAUCCCCAAG